AUGGCUGAGCCAAAAGCUUUACUAAACUCUUAUACACUAAAGUUAUUGCGUGGAUUUCUUAAAUGUACUUUUGAAAUUUCUUCUUUAUCUAUUUUUGAUUGUAAUUCGAUUUGUAUAUAUAAAGAAACUGAGGAUUUAUUAUCAAAUAUUAUCAAACCGCUGAUACUAGAUGUAAUUAAAGAUGAAAUCGACAAAUUAUAUAUCUCCAAUAGCCCAUUGAAAUGUAGAAUUGAAGAAUUGUCCUUGAUUUCUUUAACUAAGAAAUGUCUCAUGGUUCCUAGUGGGCUGAUAUUAACUUUAGAAGAGAGAUUGCAGGAUGAAAUCCACACUUUAAUUGAAGAAAGUGAAGCUUUUGACAUUAUAUUUAUUGUUUUUGAAGUAUAUGACGGAAUUCAUUUUAAACUAUCAGCAAGAUCGAGGGGUAAUAACUACAAGAAUCCAGAUGAUCAACUGAAUAAAGGUACUUUUAAAGGUCCAUCUGAUAACACGGAAGAAGCUAUUGAAAGAAUUCUAGUGAGAUUUAUAGAAAGGUGGAAUAUUCAGUAUAGCAGGCCAAAAGUUUAUUUAAUAUUGAUUUUCCCUUUCUCUAAGCCACCAGACUUUAUAUUUAGUGGUCUCCUAGAUAUUGUUAUUCCAAUGACUUGGGAUACUAGUAUUUCUAAUGUGAGGCUAUUUAUUCAAGAAAUACUUGAUACUGAAAUUGAAGGUGAAGCACUAAAUGCUAUUACUAGCGUACUUGGGAUGAACUGUAAUUUGUCAAACGUUUAUGAAAUAACACAACAACUUGUAACAUACGUUAAAAGAAAAAAAAUUGGUCAGCCAAUAUUAAAAGGUUUAAUUUGUUCUGAAAUAUUUCAAACUCAAAACAAGGUAAAAAUAACAUUUGAAGAUAUCAAAGAAUAUAUUGAACACUUGAAUAGAUCAAGACUUACUAAGAAAGCCAGCUCAUCUUUAGAUAUGUUAAUUUCGAGUAAAAUAUCAAUAGAUAAAGAUUUUAUAGGAUUAUGUGAACUUCGACAAUAUAUGAAACAAGUAAUUUAUUUAAUGGUCGACCAAUUCUCAACUGAAAAUUCUAAGAUAACCUAUCCAAUUACUUGGUUACUUUGGGGUCCUCCUGGAUGUGGUAAAAGUACCCUUGUUAGAAGCCUCACCUCUAUCCAUCCAAAGGUUAAUUUAAUACUUGGUAAGAUGACUGAACUUAUUAACUCUUUGCAUGGAAUAACGACAAGAAAUUUACGUAGUUUGUUUGAAAAGGCAUACCUAACGAGACCUUGUAUACUAGUAUUUGAUGACAUUGAGGAUAUUCUUGGGGAUUCCUCUGUCAUAGAAUUUAGGAGCGAUGAUAAUAUUAGGGCUAAGAUCCAUCAAGAACUUACUUCUACCCUUAUAUAUAUACUGGAUUCAGUAUUGAAAAUAGAAGAGAUACAAUUAGAAAGUAAGAGUUUAUCUAUAGAUAACAAUCAGAAUAAAGAAAUAAUUCCAAAAUUGAAUGGAUUGAUGAUUAUUUUCACAACAAAAUUGAAUCCCAAACAAUUACCUAGAUGGCUAAUAGAUAGGAUUAAAAGGCAAAGUUUGAUGUUAUACCCAAGUGUUGAAGAGUUAUCACAAAUGUUAACAAAUUCAAAGGAAUUUGAAGUUAUCUAUGCACAUGAAGAGAUCAUUGAAGAGGUUACUAACUGCACAAUUAAAGGGCCUAAUAAUACAUCACCGAUAAGUGUCUCGGACUUUGAAUACUUUACACAGCAAAUUUUAACAAAUAAAUAUCUAACUUAA